AAACCGCCUCGCAGGCCGCCUCCCAGACCUCCCCCACAAGCGACGCGGGAAUAGGUGGGGUGCUGCGUUUCCGGUUCCGCUAAAGCGGCCAGGGAGGUGUUGCAUUCACGGUGCGCCGAGUUGAAAGAAUGUCGUACAAAAACAGAAGCACAUUUGCCACGCUGCCGCGCACUCAGCGUGGCAUGCCUCUGGUCCUUGGUGGAGACCCAAAAGGGAAAAACUUUUUGUACACAAAUGGGAACAGUGUGAUCAUUAGAGAUAUCGCUAACCCCUCACUCUGCGACAUUUACACGGAGCAUUCCCAAAUGACAACUGUCGCCAAGUACUCGCCAAGUGGGUUCUAUAUUGCUUCGGCUGAUCAGACUGGGAAAAUCCGUAUUUGGGACACAAUCCAAAAGGAGCACAUCUUGAAAAAUGAGUUUCAACCAUUUGUUGGUAUUGUCAAGGACCUGGCAUGGUCUCCAGACAGCCAGAGAAUCAUGGCUGUGGGAGAAGGUCGUGAAAGGUUUGGCCAUGUGUUUAUGGCUGAGACUGGCACCUCGGUUGGCGAGAUUGGUGGCCACAGCAAACAGAUCAAUUCCUGCGACUUCCGGCCCACACGACCCUUUCGCAUUAUCACUGGCAGUGAAGACAACACUGUUGGCAUCUAUGAGGGACCUCCUUUCAAGUACAAGCUGACAAUUAGUGACCAUGCUCGGUUUGUCCAGUCUGUUCGGUUUUCACCUAAUGGUGAACUGUUUGCAAGUGGAGGCUUUGAUGGAAAGAUGUUCCUCUACAAUGCCAGCACAUAUGAAAAAGUUGGUGAAUUUGGGUCUCCAGCGCAUAGUGGUGGCAUCUAUGCUGUCGCUUGGAGUCCUGACAACACCAAGAUUCUCACUGCAUCUGGGGAUAAAACCUGCAAGAUCUGGGAUGCGAGCACAUUAUCAGUUGUCACCGAGUUUGUCAUGGGUACGGACGUUAUGGACCAGCAAGUGAGUUGUCUUUGGCAAGGAGACUACCUGCUCUCAGUAUCUCUCUCUGGAUUCAUCAAUUACCUGGAUGUCAACAACCCUGAGAAGCCUCGAAGAGUGAUCAAGGGCCAUCACAAGUCCAUCACGGCGCUUGCUGUGAGUCCAAACAGAGAGACAAUAUACACUGGCAGUCACGAUGGUUGCAUCAGCUUCUGGGAUGCUGCAUCUGGAGACCAGGAUAGAGUGUCUGGGAACAGCCACAGCAACCAAGUACAGGACAUGUGCACUGGCACCGACUCCAUCUACACUUGCGGCCUAGAUGACACUGUGCGGUCCAUAAGCUUGUUGUCAAAUCAGUACUCAAACCUGUGUGUCAAAAUGGACUCGCAGCCACGUGGCAUGGCUACAGCGGAUGGAAACUUGGUGAUUGUGGCAGACAUUUGUGAUAUCUCGUUGGUGGAAAAUGACAUGAAGGUUGCUUCACAUCCUGUGGACUAUGAACCAAGUUGUGUCACUGUGCACCCCCAAGAGCCAGACCUUGCUAUUGGUGGAGCUAGGGAUCACAAGGUGCACGUAUACGUCUUGAAAUGUCACAGUAUAACAGAGAAAAAAGUGUUGGACCACAGUGGAGCAAUCACGGACGUCAGAUACUCGCCUGACGGCCAGUACCUGGCUGCGUCUGAUGCCAACAGGAUGGUUCGUCUGUACCUCAGCUCAAGCUACGAGGUGGCCCACAAGCUGGACUGGUGCUUCCACACAGCUCGGGUGAACUGCAUUGGCUGGUCACCUGACUCAAAGUUUCUUGCUACUGGUAGUUUGGACACUGGUGUGAUUGUUUGGAGCACAGAGCAUCCCACAAAGCAUAUCAACAUCAAGAAGGCUCAUCCCCAGAGCCAAAUCACCAGGCUAGCAUGGUUGGACAAUUCGACAAUUGUGUCGGCUGGCCAGGACAGCAAUGUGAAGAUUUGGGAGGUGACUUUCUCCUGAAGUAGGCUUCCUUUCGACACUGCCACUACACUACACAUGCCUGCAGUGAGGCGGGGCUCUUGCCUUGGCUUCUUUUACAAUUUCCCCCUCCCACUUUUGCGUGGAACAGCCCUUUUCGGGUUCAAGCUCUUCCACUUUUGUGCAUUGGAUCUUUGGCAAUUUGUUUCUUUUGCUUGUGCAUGUAACCAGUUGUGGUUUAAGAUCGUUGUUUCUUUUUUGCAGGCUGUGGCUAUGUAUCCAAGUUCACUUUUUUUGUUUUCAUGCUCAGUGUAGCAAAUCAGAAGUGCAUUGCAAGGUAAAUUAUUUAUGAUUUGAGGGGCUUUUUUUGCCAAAGGGGAGUGAAAAAAAACAAAACAAAAACUGACGGACACCUAGUGUUGUUUUGAAGUGCUGGUGUGAGGUAGAGUUGUAGUGCCCUCGUGCCUGUAACGGGUGUGAACUGAACGCUGUGCUUGGACUAACUUGUACUGUGAAAUUGCAGUGACAUUUUUUUGGUAAUGGACCUGAGUUCAAAGCAGAAGGAAACGCUCGUGGACGUUGCUGAUGAAUUCUUGUUGUUGAAGUUGUGCGUUUUAGUUGAGUCAGUUGCUUUAUGAUUGCUUCUGUUUUUUUUUGCUUGAGUUUAAAAUGGCUCUUUUCUUUUUUCGUUACUCUGUUUUGAUGUAUAACCUGCCUAUGUCAGUUUUAUUCAGUGAGAACAUGCCUUACACGGAGCCUUAAAUAGGAAGAAUGUCUUGCCACACUCUUAAUCUUUUCUUUGUGAAUCACUUUUUAGUUUCCCAGUGCGAGUCCGUGAAGGUUGUGUGUCACUUGCAGUAAGUUGUCCAGUAUUUAUUGUGGCAUGAAUGAUGGGAUCAAGAUAAAAAAAUAAGCAUUGUGAAAACGGUUUGUGAAGCUCUUCUUUGUAUGCAACAUUUUGAGGACUACUGUCUGUAUUUUGUUAACUUUUAAAAUAUGCAGGUAACUUUGCCAAUAAAAGAAGGGGGAU